GUCCGCUUCGCGGUGAGCUUAAUCGUCCGUUCACAUGUGGCAAAAUGGUGUUCAAAUACCGUCUGAUAUCGAACUCCAAAAUUUUGCGGAGAAACGGAUACCUCAACUGUGCCAAGAAAAUCGCAAUUUUAUUCGCGGCAUUGGGGCUAAUAUGGAUCGCUCUGCUGCAAGUGAGACUCUGGAAUUUAUCGAAACUGAAACCGAUGACAGAAGCUUUCCGAGACGAGUGGGACCGAGAAAUAAAAAUCCUGACGAUUGAGGACGAGUCGCGUGACUCUUGGAGAACUCCAGGCGUCGAGAACUGGCGAAUAUUUUCAGCUUAUUUAGAAACUCGGCCGGAAGUCGUUCUCGAAGAGGAUGAUAAGCUAAUCUACUCUGGCAGUGCAUGGGGAUUCGUCAGAAUAAUCGGCAUAGUUCCGGUAUCAGCCGUCGCCACCCAAUUGACCUGCAGCUUCCGCUACCCCUCCGCUAAUCAUACCUCCUACAUCCUGAAGAAGCCAUCAAUCAGAACCGAAUUAGUGGCAUUCGGCGAGAAUUUCGAAAUGUACUACUGCGCCGCUUACAUCCUCUGUCCACUUCCGCAUCCAAACGAAGCUCAUCCGGCCAACAUCCGAUUGCCCGCCGCUGUGACAGUAUCGACCACCCCAGAUCGACCCAUCGACACCCCAGACCCCUCCGAAUUCGUCGCCAUACGAUACCCAAAGGCCGAGGACAAUCGACGAUUGUUUUCCGUUUGUGUGCAGCCGUUUCAUCAUCAGUUUGACAAAGCUGAUGAUCUGAUCGCAUUCAUCGAGUACUACAGGAUGAUGGGAGUCGAUCGUUUCACUUUUUACCGGGACUCGGUGGCCCCGAGGGUCGAUCAAGUCCUGGAGUACUACUCCCACCUGAAUGCAGCUGUUGUCCUCCAGUGGAAGCUAGCGGAUCUCUACGAAUUCGAGAGGAAUCUCCGGGUGGACGGAAUCUACGCGGCUCUGAACGACUGUUUGUACAGGAGCACAUCGUUCGCUGGGUACAGGUACGUCUUGGGGGUUGAUGUUGAUGAAUAUGUCAUGCCGAGGCGGCAUGACAACUUCUCAGAGAUGAUGGAGUAUCUCAAUCAUGAGGGUGGGACUGUUGGAGCAUGGAUUUUCAGGAACGCUUUCUACUAUUUGAUGUAUGACGACGAUGCAGUCACUCUAUCACCUGGAAUUCCCAAGAUAAAUUUCCACAGCAAGACUCGAAGAUGGGAAAAGGUUAAUCCCCCGCACGACCGGAGUAAGUUCAUAGCGCAGGGGAGAGACGUCAUUGAGUUGGGGAAUCAUCGGAUCUGGAGGAUGAAGCGAACUUGGUCGUUAUUCAGAAGGUACAAGGAGGCUGCGGUUGAUCCUGAUGUCGGCACGUCUAAUCACUAUCGCUUCUGCGAGACGGAGAUUGAGACGUGUUGGCAGCGAAAGACAACGAUCGACAGAACAGCGCAUCGCUUCAGCCAGGAGUUGGGCCGGAGGGUGGAGAAUGUUUUUCGUACGGUGUUCGGCGCUAAUGACGGGUGAAAUGUUGCAUAUCACCUGUCGUCAGGAGACGAUAACAAAAUAAAUCAAUUUGUCGGAAUUUCAGGGGAAACAACGGAGGGACGAUGAUGGCCUGUCGAAUGCUGCUCGUUAUGGGUUUGCGAUGGAAAACGUCAAUUCUGGUAGUGGUCAGCAGAUAUUGAAACGAAUCGACUGUUGAUGCAGUGGGGAUUUCAGGAGUGAUUGGUAGUGGACGGGUUAUAUCGAUUUGAACUUGUGGUGAAUGAAAAUUGCAGGGGGAAAAGUCUGACUGGAAACUUGUGCGUCUAGUCUGUGAGGUACAGUUGCUUUUUGGGAAAAUGAAUGAAUUACACUUUUCCCGACCCCCUCCCGAAUCUCACAGAAUGGCCACUAUUUGGUCAUCUUAUUCUGCACUAUAAAUAAGAGAAAUUCAUUAUGAUAAGUCGAUGUUUUCGGCAAGUGGAAUGAUCACUCACCGCUACUAAAAUCAAUGAAUACCUGUGAACGUCUCCGAAUAACCCACAUUACUAAUUAAUCCUUUGCACACUGCUGAAUAUGGGUCAAUUGUCGUUGGUAAAAAUUAAGGAUUUAAUUCACCCACUUUAUAAAUACAUUUUCCGAUACAUUUCCCUUUGUUUGUGGGCGCGUGGAAUUUUUUAACGAGCUUUCGCGCCGGAUUAUUCCCUCCAAGGGGUAAUAUUAAAUCGCCACUGGAAGUGCAUAAAAAUCUGUGCCGGGCAAUCGCAAUUAUUUUUGCGUCGUUGUCAAUAAUCGCUGGUUAGUCGUCCGGGUCGGUGGGCUUCAGGCAGUCGGGCGUAAGUGCCAUUCGCUCACAAUUUUUUUCCAUUUUGUUUGAAGAGACGAUCAUUUUU